AUGCGACUUAUUUUAUUUAGUAAUUUUAUUUAGUCAAAAAGUGAAGGACGAGAGGCGGAAAAGGAGGGUAAAGUGCUCGCCUAAAAAUUAUCAUCAGAGAGAUGAUGAUCUGGGCCGACAAAGAUCAAGAAGCCCAAGCCCAGAAAAAUUAAUAAAAGUACAUAAUUUGGAAGGUUUAAACCCAUUUGACAUUUCCUGAAUCUGGAAAUCUCUCUUAAACCCACCACCGACGCCAGCUGAAGAAACCUAGAAAUGGCGAUGAGAGCGGCGGCGACGGCGGCGGCGAUUUCUGCCAAUUUGCGUAUGGGAAGGGGAUUAAGGGGCUUGUACUCUUCUUUCUCAAGUUUCCCCUUUGAUCUGCCCAAGGCUACAGUCGACAAGGCUCCUCCGGCUGAACCCUCCACCAAUCUCUUCGUCUCUGGACUUAGCAAACGUACAACAACAGAAGGUCUUCGUGAUGCCUUUGCCAAAUUUGGUGAAGUAGUCCAGGCUAAAGUGGUGACUGAUCGUGUAAAUGGUUACUCAAAGGGUUUUGGUUUCGUCAAGUAUGCAUCUCUAGAAGAUGCUGCAGCAGGGAUUAAAGGCAUGGAUGGCCAGGCAGUCGACAGAGUAGGAAAGAAAUAUCUGGUUCCAAAUUUCCACAAGUUGUAUCUUAGAAGGCAAGUUGUUAGAGAGAACAAGACCAGAAAUGUCCUCUUUGAAGAACUAAUCCAGAACAUGUUUUUGGAUGGUUGGGUUAUUUUCGCGGAAUAUGCAAGGCCUAGGGAACCUCUUCCACGUGUAAACAACUCUCCUCCUCAGGGUCAACAGUGGCGAUGAUGGCUGCAAAUGGAAUUUCUACUUGUUGGAACUUGGAAGUAUAUGCAAAGUUCAUUCUUCGAGCUAUCUAAUAUAAUAUUUUUUAUUAAAUGCUGCAUCUUGAUUUCGAGUCGGUCUAAUAUAUGAUAUCCAAUUGUCGUGCCAUUGUUAGCUUCUGUUUUGAGGAUUGUGUGGACAUGUGGCUCUUAUGCAGUUCACUAAAAUUGAAGUCUUUAUCAGCAGAGCAGGGCAUCUGUGUCACUGUGUGUGCCUUUAUGUCCGUUUCUGUUUUUGAAAAUUUUAAUUCCAAAUAUUAUGCCUGAAAUAUGAAUUGUUGUUUGGGGGUUAUACCGACAGUAUUUUCAUCUUUGAUGUCUGAAUUUUGUGGUAUGAUAAUAUGGAAAUGUUUAACUCAAACUUUUAUUGAUGAAUAGUGGCGAUGGACACUUCUAAUGAUCAGGUGCUUCUAUUCCUUUUAUCCCAACGAGGCCCAUCGAACAAGUAGUGUUCUUUAUUUACUUUUUUUCUUUUGGCAUAAAUUAUUUUUCAUCUUUUCCAUGUUUUCUAUCUGAAGACUACAAUAAACAUCCAAGUAGUUCACUAUGUAUAUAAUACCUUGAAUUUAAUCAACUUUUCCUCUAGAAUCAGC